AACAAGCGAAGCUAAGCCUGUCCCUAAACGGUUUAGGUAAGCACAAUGCGCACAAUGCUAGUGUGAACCAUCUUCAUUGAACCCUAUGCACCGCAGCACCUUUGCUUUCAGUUCUAAUCUUUCACUCUCCUGUCCCACCCCUCAAUUUCUCUCUCCUUCCGUGUUAUACAUUCAUCACAAUGUCCACCUUCGGAGCCGCAAAUACCAAUCCCAACAAAUCCUUUGAGGUGGCCCAACCGCCCUCUGAUUCAAUUUCCAGUCUUUCAUUCAGUCCCAAGGCCAAUUUCCUCGUCGCAACUUCAUGGGAUAAUCAGGUUCGUUGUUGGGAGAUAACAAGGAAUGGGACUGUUGUCUCCAGUACUCCCAAGGCUUCCAUUUCUCAUGACCAGCCGGUUUUGUGUUCUGCUUGGAAGGAUGAUGGAACAACCGUUUUUUCUGGGGGCUGCGACAAGCAGGUCAAGAUGUGGCCACUUACUUCUGGUGGACAACCAAUGACUGUUGCCAUGCACGAUGCACCUGUGAAAGAUCUUGCCUGGAUACCGGAGAUGAAUCUUUUAGCUACUGGAAGCUGGGACAAGACCCUGAAGUAUUGGGAUACAAGGCAACCAAAUCCAGUGCAUACACAACAACUUCCUGAUCGGUGUUAUGCAAUAACAGUCAAACAUCCUCUGAUGGUUGUGGGAACUGCAGAUAGAAAUCUGAUUGUCUUCAACUUGCAAAAUCCUCAGACUGAAUACAAGAGAAUUGUAUCUCCACUGAAAUAUCAGACAAGAUGUGUUGCAGCUUUUCCAGAUCAACAAGGUUUUUUGGUUGGCUCAAUAGAAGGAAGGGUUGGAGUACAUCACCUGGAUGAUGCACAACAAACCAAGAAUUUUACUUUUAAAUGCCACAGAGAGAACAAUGAGAUAUAUUCAGUCAACUCCUUAAAUUUCCAUCCGAUACAUCACACUUUUGCUACUGCCGGAUCUGAUGGCGCUUUUAAUUUCUGGGACAAGGACAGUAAACAGAGGCUCAAGGCUAUGCAAAGAUGUAGUCAACCCAUACCUUGCAGUGCAUUCAAUAAUGAUGGUUCCAUAUUUGCUUAUGCGGUCACUAGACUUUCUCCUAGAAGCAUACCAUACAAAAGGUUUGUUAUGAUUGGAGCAAGGGUGCAGAAAAUCACAAUCCAGCUACAGCGAAGAACUACAUUUAUUUGCACUUACCACAGGAGUCUGAGGUUAAAGGUAAGCCACGAGCUGGAGCCACGGGAAGAAAGUGAAGUUUCAUGCUAAAGGGCCAUUUCGUUUUGGCACUCACGGUGAUUUAGUAGAACCAGCUAAACUGAGAAAAUUCAUACUUUGAUUUUUUUAAUCUGAAAUUUUCCUAGGAUAGCCCAUUUUUCUACCCUAUCGGUGUACUUUAUUAUGAUUUAGGUUAGGCAGUUUCAGAUGAAGCUGAUAUAUGUUUUACACUUUAUGGUAGAUAAGUUUUGUAGGAGGUUCAUUUCUCCAUCCCUUUGACAUCAUCCUCAAUGAGAACUGUAUUUUAAACUGUAUUUUGACGUGCAUUGCACAUAUUAUUUUCAAUUAUUAGGAAUUGCGUUUUAAUUUUUUU